AUGUCUGGAUUCCCCGGUCAAGGCUAUUACGGGGCCGCAAAUCACCAAGGAGGCGGCGGCGGCUUUUCCAACGGCGGCCCCGGCCCCGGCUAUGGAUACGGCAACUACGGCCCCGGCCCUUCAGGCCCCCCCGGUCCGCCUCCUCCGGGCUACGGCGGCCCCGGCGGCUAUGGCCCUCCUCCCCCCGGUCCGCGCCCCAACUGGACCCCCGGCGGCAACCCCGGCGGCAACGCGUCCGGGCCUCCCCCGCCCACGGCACCACAGGCGUUCGGCCAUGGCGCGCCUCAGGGCUAUACCUUUCAGUACUCAAACUGCUCGGGCCGUCGCAAGGCCCUGCUCAUCGGCAUCAACUACUUUGGCCAGAAGGGAGAGCUGCGUGGCUGCAUAAACGACGUCCACAACGUCUCAAACUUCUUAUGCGAGCGCUACAACUACAAGCGCGAGGACAUGGUCAUCCUCACCGACGACCAGUCCAACCCCGUCAUGCGCCCGACCAAGGACAACAUGAUUCGCGCCAUGCAGUGGCUUGUCAAGGACGCCCAGCCCAACGACGCCCUCUUCCUUCACUAUUCAGGCCACGGCGGCCAAACCGAAGACUUGGACGGCGACGAAGACGACGGCUUCGACGAAGUCAUAUACCCUGUCGACCACCAGCAAAACGGCCACAUUGUCGACGACGACAUCCACGCUCUCGUCGUCAAGCCCCUCCGCCCGGGUGUCCGGCUAACGGCCAUUUUCGACUCUUGCCACUCGGCCACGGCCAUGGACCUGCCAUACGUCUACUCCACAAAGGGCGUCCUCAAGGAGCCCAACCUGGCCAAGGAGGCCGGCCAGGGUCUGCUCAGCGCCCUGGGAUCCUACGCCAGGGGCGACCUCGGUGGCGUCGCAAGCUCCAUCUUCGGCUUCGCCAAGUCGGCCUACAAGGGCGACAGCGCCAACAAAAAGACAAAAGACACACGCACGUCGCCCGCCGACGUCAUCAUGUGGUCCGGGAGCAGAGACGAUCAAACCUCCGCCGACGCGACCAUCGAAUCUCAGGCAACGGGCGCCAUGUCCUGGGCCUUUAUCACGGCCAUCAAGCAAAAUCCCAAGCAGAGUUAUGUGGAGCUGCUCAACAGCAUCCGCGACGUGCUUGCGACAAAGUAUACGCAGAAGCCGCAGCUUUCAUGCAGUCAUCCGCUUGACACGAAUCUGCUGUUUGUCAUGUGA